UCUCUCUCUCGUUCGUUUGAUUCUCCAUCGUCAACACCAUGAAGCUCUCCUUUUCUCUGUCCUCAGACCCAUCUUCAAAGCCUCUACCCCUCAAACGUUCGCAAACUGACGCCAAAGACCAAGAGGAUCUCUCAUCCAUCACGAAACAAUACAUAACAGAAUUCGAUUCCUUAGAAACCCUAAAAAUUUCAGAAUCCAAAAAGCUGAUUAUCCCCCCAAUAGCCAACGAAUGGAGGCCUCACAAGAAGAUGACAGACCUAGAUCUUCCGUCCCAAUCCGCCCGUCCAGAUAAUCUCGAUUUUGAACAGGACCCUAUUAUCUCCUCUGGCGAGACCGAUUCCUCCAUAUCCUACGGCCUGAAUCUACGGUGGUCCAUAAACAAUGGUGCGAUUGUCGAGCCGAGGUCGCCUCCGCGGCCAGAGUCGAGACAGAAGCUGAUGUUACAGAAAUUGAAAGAUGAUUUGCAGAGGCUACCGGAGGAUAAUGGGUUCAAUGAAUUUACCGAUAUACCCGUGAAAGAGUUUGGGAAAGCGCUUCUCAGUGGGUAUGGUUGGUACGAGGGUAGAGGUAUUGGGAGGAAUGCACAAGAAGAUGUAAAAGUGGUUGAAUAUACAGGGAGAACUGGCAGACAAGGCCUAGGUUUUGUUGGUGAAAUACCCAAAGAGAAAGUAAAGACAUAAAACGAGGUAGAGAGCAAAGGGGCACUACUGAUAAAGUAAGGGGAAAAAGGGUGCGUUUUAAUGUGGGUAGGGAAGUUUGCGCCUUGAACAAAUUGCUGAGUACAUUGGAGAUCCGAUGUUUUUUGAUUUCAAGGUAUUUUGAGUUAUAUGUUAGAUCAACCUAUGUUAACUUAUUGGAAUCUCUUUGUGCUGUUAUGUUUU